CCGCGCCCGCCGCCCUCCGGCAGGAAGGGGCAGGUCUGCGCCCCGGCCCCACGCUCGCUCCCGCGGCGACUUGUGGUCGGGGCCGCGCGGGAGCGACAUGCCUGCGCGCCCGGGCCUGUGACCCGCUCGGGGAUGGACAGCAGCUCCGUGGCGGGCGAGCGAUCGAAGCACACGCCGGGCCGUCAGCGGCUCCUGCCCUCCCGCUGCGGAGUGUCGGCGCGCUCCGGCGUCUCCCCGCUGCCCGGCGGACGAAGCUGGCUGAGACCUCGCGGACGGGCCGCCCGCGCGUCCCCACUGCUGCUCCUCCUGCUCGUGCCCUCCCCGCGCCUGGCCGCCACCGCCCCGCGUAGGACGCUGGCUGAGCGCACGCGCCCGGGGCACGCCGUCCCCGCGGCCGCGCUCUGCGCCCGCAGGAACGCGCAGGGCCGUCUGGCGCUGGGCGCCGGGCGUGUGGCCGCCUUGGCGAGCAGCCGAAGAGACCUAAGCCUGUCUGCUGACUCCCGGCAGCUGGAACAUAGAAAGGGCAGCUUGCCCUCUUCCGUGAGUCGAAAGCUCUACUUUGACACCCAUGCUUUAGUGUGUUUACUUGAAACAAAUGGGUUUACCACUCAACAAGCAGAAAUCAUUGUGUCUGCAUUGGUCAAGAUCACAGAGACCAACAUGAACAUCGUCUACAACGAUAUGGUCACCAAAGUGCAGCAGGAAAUCACUCUUCAGCAAAUAAUGUCUCAGAUUGCUAACGUGAAAAAAGAUAUGGUCAUCUUGGAGAAGAGUGAGUUUUCAGCCCUCAGAGCAGAAAAUGAGAAAAUAAAACUUGAACUACACCAGUUAAAACAGCAAGUGAUGGAUGAAGUCCUCAAAGUCCGGACAGAUACCAAAUUAAACUUCAAUCUAGAGAAGAGCAGAGUAAAAGAAUUGUAUUCAUUGAAUGAGAAGAAGAUGCUGCAACUGAGGACAGAAAUGGUGUCCCUGCACGCCCAGCAAGACAGAGCCCUGACCCAGACAGACAGGAAGAUAGAAACUGAGGUGGCUGGCCUCAAGACCAUGCUGGAGGCGCACAAGCUUGACACGAUCAAAUACUUAGCAGGGUCUGUGUUUACGUGCCUAACGGUAGCUCUGGGAUUUUACCGCCUGUGGAUAUAAUAAAGUGUCUAUUUAAAGAAAUUUCCAUUGUUUUGCCUUAAGAGUACCAGAUUGCUGUCCCACCUACCCCACCAAUCCUUUUUUUCUUUCCUUGUUUCACAUUUUAAUCCUAAUUUGACUUCAUGAAUAUUAUUUAUUUCUGUGCAAACUGUGGAUCCAUAACCAAGGUGAAGAAGUCGGGAUUUCUGUAAUUAUUCUUCAGAGCUCCUCUCCUUAGUUGGCUUUUGGACCAAGCAGUGUGGACCACGAUUUCAAGACUCUGUUCAAGCAAACCAAUGGACUUGGUCUAACCUGCAAUAUACGACAAAAAUAAGUACUAGUAGAAUCCUCUACAGCUUUGCCCGUAGUUUGUAAUGUGGAGAGCUUGGGAACUCAUUUUGAAGACAGAGUAGCUUUAAAUCUGAAGAGUCAUUGGAAGUCAACCCAGAAUACCAGCUCUGCUCUGCCUCAUGAGCAGCCGCUCCCCACACAGCCCUGCUUUCUGCAUAGCAGCUGCAGUGUUAAUGAUGCUGUGCUGGUGCACCUUAGGGGCCUUUGUCUUUGGGUUUUCAUUGUCUUAGUAACAUUGCUGCUGCUGUUGUUGUUAAUGUGCCUUGCACCUGGGAGUCUUGGUACCUAAUGAAGCUCUGUAAUUCUA